GUUUUAGGCACAUAAACCCAAUGGUAAAAUCACUCUAAAAAGCCUCUGCUUUAAUAUGCCAGUCUUGCCAGACAUCAUGUUUUCUAUGUCAGUCCAGUCUCAGGUUAUUUCUGAUGUCUGAUUCCAUCCCAGCUAUUAAAACUGACCGUUAGGUCAUCCUACACUUGCAGUAAAAUGUUUGUCAUCCUUAAUUUACCAUCUGUGCUUGCACAGGUUAUUGGACCCCAGCUGCAGCUUCCAAGAUCCCAGAGGCCACAGUAUAUCUGCCAGAGCUGUGCCCAGGCUGUGGGUAAAGGGAUAUGCCUUCAUGUGCAUCGAACCAGUGAGAGGGAUCAGUGUUCCCUGAGGAGAGGAUUGCACUCUGAGCUGUGGAAUUAAGUAGCUUUGACACUGUAGCACUCUCUCUCUCUCUCUCUCUCAUAACUAACGGCACAUUUAGCCCAGUUCUUCCAUGGGAGGAGCAGAGAGAUGCUUCUUUAUAAAAGUCAAUAUGCCCUGAGGAUGUCAACUUUAAAGUCUCAGCUGUAUUGAGUGUGAAGACAUUUGGGCUUGUUUCCAUAAUGGAGAUCGAAGGAAGGCCAGGUCUAAAUGUGCAGAAAAAAGGAAUCGUGAAGCAGCCUGACCCUGUUAAACCACCACCAAACAACUCAGAAGAAGAGGAUAUGGACUGUAAAGACAUGAAGAAGGAGGCACUGAACAGGCGCAAUGCCUGGGAGCCCACUGUCUUCUAUUCGCUUGGCAACGAAACCUUUUCCUUCACCGGGCAGGAGAUCAACAUCCGAGAGUCACUCGACUCUUUUGGAGCGGUCAUCUGGCCAGGCGCUGUAGCGCUCUGUAAGUAUUUGGAAAAGAACCGGGAGCAGGUUGAUCUUCUGGAUAAAGCAGUGCUGGAACUUGGAGCAGGAACAGGACUGGUGUCCAUAGUGGCUAGUUUACUGGGUGCCUGGGUCACAGCCACAGAUCUACCCGAUGUCCUGUCAAACCUGAACUUUAACCUCUCCCGCAACACACGGGGUCGCUGCAGAUACACACCUCAGGUGGCGGCUCUGGUCUGGGGUCAGGAUGUGAGACGUGACUUCCCCAGCUCCAUCUACAAUUAUGACUAUGUGUUUUGUGCAGACGUGGUCUAUCAUCACAACUUUCUAGAGGAUCUGAUGAUCACCAUGCAGUACUUCUGUAAGCCAGGAACCACCCUAUUGUGGGCAAAUAAGGUGCGAUUUCAAUCUGACCUGUGCUUCAUUGAAAACUUUAAAAAAGUUUUUAAUGUCACAUUGCUGGAUGAGAUCCCACAAGAGGAUGUAAGGAUCUACCAGGCCACUGCAAGGACGUCAGCCCAAAUGAGGGAGGAGAAGAGGGAGAACCAACAACAUGAUGUGUAGCAAGACUUGCAAAUUAUAUUAAAUGAGUCGUGCAGCCCCAACAUUGAAGGGAAGGUUCUCCACCUGUUGGCCAUCUGCAAAAUUGCAAGGAA